GAAAGACAGAGAGAGAGACAGGCAAACAGACAGACAGACAGAGAGAAAGAGAAAAACAGGGGGAGGGAAAAAGAAAGAGAGAGAGAGAAACUGCCAGAGCGUGUGAGGGAUUAUUCAUGAGAUAAAGACAUUUUGAGUCAGCUAGUGAGUGAGUGCUGGACAGCAAGCUAAAGAAACACAGAGGAAAGAGGAGAUAGACAGACAGACACUGCCACAGUCAGAGGUUCCUUUGAAUGAGAACAGCUGCCUCUACUCAAAGUGACAGUGCCACUGGCUGGAGGGGAAAGUGAGUUGGAGAGCGGGAAGCUCAGCUGGCCAUGAUGAAGCACACACAGAUGAGGGCGAGUGUCGUUGCUUGGGCUUUGCUCCUCUUCAUGGGCACACAGGUCUCGAGCCAGCAGUGUGGGGGGUCGUGCCAGUGUCCAUCUGUGGUGCCCGCCUGCCCCGCGGGGGUACCCCUGGUCUGGGACGGCUGCCAGUGCUGCCAGGUGUGUGCCCGGCAACGUGGUGAGACCUGCAGUGACGCCAACCCCUGCGACACCAAGAAGAGACUGGCAUGCGACUACAGUGCCAGCUUCCCUGGUGACCCAGGGGAGUGUGUGAGUGAGGACGAGCUGGGCUGUGAGAUGAACGGAGUACAGUAUACGGAGGGCCAGGUGUUCCAGCCAUCCUGUGCCAUGCAGUGCCGCUGUGCGGGUGGCGGUGUGACCUGCGUGUCGCUGUGCCCAGAGGACAUGCGUGUGCCCAGCCCUGACUGCCCACACCCCCAGCGCAGGCUGCUGCAGGGCUCCUGCUGCCAACAGUGGGUGUGUGACACCAUAAACAACAACAUCCCACAGGAUGGACAUGCAGCAUCAGGCAUGGCGUGGGGCGUUCUCCCCGGACCCCCACUCAAUCCGUCUCCUGGCUGCUUGGACCACAGCACCGAGUGGAGUGCAUGCUCACGCACCUGUGGACCCGGCGUCUCCACACGCCUCACCAACCAGAAUGCAGUGUGCCGCCUGGAGAGACAGACACGUCUCUGCACCGUCCGGCCCUGCAACCUCCGCCCCCCGCAAGGCCCAGCGUGGCGGCGGGGGUGCCAGUCAAGUGUGCGUGUGACAGCCCAUGUACGUCUCAGGCACCGCGGCUGUGUCAGCACGCGUGUUUUCCUGCCCCGUUACUGCGGCCUGUGCUUGGACGGACGCUGCUGCACGCCACACCACACCACCACCGUGCCCGUCACCUUCCAGUGCCCGCAUGGGCCACCGGUGCGCCUUAGCGUCAUGACCAUCAAGUCCUGCGUCUGCCACCACAACUGCCCAGCACCGGCGCCCGACCACAGGCAAGCACGAAGGAGUCCUGCUGCCUACUGGGCGUAGAGCAUCACCACCCUACCCUGCCACGUGGUGGGAGAGCGAGACGUGACUGACUGUGAGGAUAGGACAGGGUGUUUUUGAAUGUAAAAUCCCAGGUCAUUAUCAGGGACAUUAGCAUCCACUGACAAUGGCACUCGCGAGGUCAACAUCACAUGACUGGAAUCAUCCGUUGUGCGUGGAGAAGAGCGCCUGUGUGUGUGUGUCCUGGCACUAUUUACUUGAUGCUUAGCAGCUUCAGAGGAGAUGAGAGGAGGGAGCAGAGCCCCAAAGCUCAGAGAGAGACUGGACCAAGCACUGCCUCUGGUCCUCCUCAUCAUCAGGCCAGAUCGACAGAUAUCUGUCCAGGCCUAUAAAAAUUAUCUCUGAUCCGUGAAACUAUGCAGUGGGGCCAAAACUGAACCUGUUUGCUUUAUUAAAGUUGUUUUCAAGACGGCAUUUCUGUAGUAUAAUCUGGACACAUCAUAAAACGGCGAUGAAAGGUUUUCAGCGAGAGCCGGCUAACUACCCUAUAAUCUAUGAUGUGCAUUGCACUAAUUUGCAUACAAAGGUUUGUGUCUGCAAUGAACUUAUAUGAAUAUGGCAUAUUGAAAUGAUUUCAACGUUAUAUUUUGUUCCUUACCUUUGAUAGUACUGUUGAUAAGAAUAAUAUUUACUGUAAUAAGGCCUUGAGAUCCCUGCUGUAUCCUAGGAGGUCUUGGUCUUCCUCAAAUAUAAUAUAAACGUCCUUCUGAGGAUCAUGCCACCAUUGGCACAAGUGUGUUCCAAAGCUGAGGAACACUUUACACACUUUAGGGAUGACCUUGGUAUCAUUUUGUUUUUUGUUUAGGUUUUUCUUUUUUCUUUGAUAGAGAACUGGAAGAAGGAGUUGUAGCACAGUCAAUGUGACAUGUAAAUUUGUAAAUUACUGUAUAUCAUGCCAUAAAAUGCACUGAAGCAUGACGUGUAAUACCUUCAAUAUUGUUUACACAGAGUGUAUGAAUGUUUUGCUUUUAUGUUAGUGUCAUGUAAUAUCUUUUAUAUCUGUAAAUAGUGUGUGUGCACAUCAUUAAUAAAACACAUUAUUUCUGUUUUA